GUCAAACAAGAUAUGAUGAUGAAACGAGCUCCCAUUUUCAGCUGUUCAAAACACAAGCGAAAUAAAUACAAAUCAAAAAGGAGAAAAAAAAAAUCCUUUUGGCGGAAAAAUGGUUAUGGUGAAUGCUUCCCUCUCACAGGCAACAGCAUCACUGAAGCUCUCAUCUUCAUUCGUCCAUGGUGAAACUAAAUUCUCGCCGUCCUCAACUCUUCUUAUGGGGACCCAGCUCGUUUCCCCCAAUCCUUCGCCUCUACGCACUUUGAAACCGACAAGGCCUUUGGUUAUUCAAGCAAAGAGGAUAUCUGGCUUGGCAGAGUCCAUCAGAAUAAGAAGGCAGCGUGAGCUUCAAACUUUGCCCAAAGCUAAAAGAAGGCCUCCUUUGAGGCGUGGGAAGGUAUCAAAAGGACUUCUUGUGCCCGAUCACAUUCAAAGGCCUCCUUAUGUUGGUUCACCAUUGUUGCCAGACAUUGCAAAUGAGCAUCAAAUUCAUGAUGCUGAAGGGCUUGCUCGCAUGAGGGCUGCUUGUGAGCUUGCUGCUCGGGUGGUUGACUAUGCUGGGACUUUAGUUAGGCCUUCGGUAACGACUAAUGAGAUUGAUAAAGCCGUUCACCAAAUGAUCAUAGAUGCUGGUGCUUAUCCUUCUCCACUAGGGUAUGGGGGCUUUCCAAAGAGUGUAUGCACAUCGGUUAAUGAGUGUAUGUGCCAUGGAAUACCUGAUUCGCGCCAAUUACAGGAUGGUGAUAUAAUCAACAUUGAUGUGACGGUCUACUUGAAUGGUUACCAUGGAGACACGUCAAAGACCUUUCUUUGUGGUAAUGUAAAUGAUGGAAUGAAACGGCUGGUAAAGGUGACAGAGGAAUGCAUGUAUAGGGGCAUUGCUGCUUGCAAAGAUGGUGCCUUGUUCAGGAAAAUUGGGAAGAAGAUAAGUGAAUAUGCUGAGACAUUUGGGUUCGGCGUGGUGGACCGUUUUGUGGGACAUGGCAUUGGGACUGUUUUUCAUUCUGAACCACUGAUAUAUCACCACCGCAACGACAAGUCUGGACACAUGGUUGAAGGACAAACGUUCACGAUUGAACCUAUUCUCACGCUUGGGACCACGGAUUGUAUAACUUGGGAAGACAACUGGACGACCCUAACUGCCGAUGGCAGCCCAGCUGCACAGUUCGAGCAUACGAUUCUCAUUACAAGAACAGGUGCCGAGAUUUUGACCAAAUAUUGAUUUAGAGUUCAAUUUGAAAUAUGUAUAAUCGAGUUAGCCUCAAUUUGUUCACCUGAGGUUUUGCCUAGUCUUCAAGAAUGGGGUGUAUAGGUAAUGGUAAUUACAAAUGGUGAGGGGAUAUUUGUAAUUUCAAAUGUUAAGUGGGCUAUCUUUGUGUAAUUAGACUAAACUUCAGGAGUUCUUGUUAUAUUGUUUGUAUAAUUUGACUUUGUGCUAGCUAAUUCCAAUAGCAUAUUGGCCUUGUUUGGCAAUCAGCGGAUAUCGGAUUAUAUUAGCUGAUUUGACCAGCGAAUUGCAUUAGCGGUUUUUAAAUAAGUGUUUGGUAAAUAGCUGAAAGUUUAUAGCUGUUUGACAUUGCAAAAUGACUAAUAAAGACAUUUUAUUAUUUAGGGUGUAUUCUUUUAAUAAUAAUAUAUUAAAAUAUUUAAUAUUCUUU